AUGCCUGCUGUGCCACGUGGCCCCUACCAAUGCAGAGAUGGACUCACAUGCCCGGAGCCUUCCAACCUGGACAAGCAUCGCUACCGUUUUUGUGUCAUAGACAAGACAGUGAAGAACAUUAGGUAUAUAGACAAGGAAAUAAUAAACCUCAAAAAGGAUCUCGUACGAAGCCGCUUCCUGAUCCAGUGUGUGAAGAUAGGCCGUGGGUAUUUCACCAUACUGCGAGAGGAAAAUGCCAUGAAAAAGAGAGAACAGCAGCUCCAGAAGCUGAAGGAGGAAGAAUUAAAUAAGUUCCAACCGGCCAAGAAGUACUCAGACAUCCAUUGCAGGAGCACUCUGAUGACUACCUAUGAGGAUGAGAAGUUAAAGAAGAUGGAGGCCGGCAUCAUUAUGCGCCCGUUCACGCCGGUCCACAGCUGCCUCAUGGCUCCCUCCUUGCCCGACUCUCAUGUGGAUGCCCUCUACCGACAGCUGUGUGCGCUCCACUGGCUCCUAGAGGCCCUGACUAUCGACUACACCCACCAUACCAUGCGGCCCUUGAUUGCCUGUUGGAACCCCAAGGACCCAGGAGGCAGCAAGAGCACCAUUAAGAAGGUCAACAAGGACAAGUCCAUGGGGCAGAGGUGGGAUCACUUCGUCACAGCGCCCAAGACCAAGAAAUUCAAAAUCCCUGCCAUUCGCGCCAGCCGCAAACCCAGCCGGCGGGGCUCCACCCUGAGUCUGACUCGGACCAGUGGGGGUUCUUCUCCCCAGAGCAGCAUGAUUUCUGUGAACCCCGGCUCUGAUGAGCCCCCAAGUGUAGCCACCGGCAGCAAAGACAUCGAAGAUAAUGAGUCAUGGUCCACUAAGCAUGAUGAGGAGACCCUCCUUAACCUCCACACCAACCUGCAGAAGCUCCUGGAGAUGGUCCGGGAAGACGCCCGAAGAACAAUCAUGACCAUGGUGGACAAUGUACAGAAGACAGCUCCCAGCCUCAUGUCUAUAGUCAAGCAAGCCAAGAGCGAUUCUGCGGUUAAGGAGUGGCAGACCACCCACAAGUCCAGUGAGAGAUCCAGCACUACAAGCGGAGAAAGCCACACCGUGGUGACCCAGAAGAAGUCAAAGGGUCGUGCUAACCGUGACAUCGUCCACUGCAAGAGUGGCGUGUGCAGCACUCUGCGGGCCAAGUUUUACAGCGUCGCCCAGGAGGCCGGCUUCUGCCUGCAAGACAAGCUGGAGAUCCUCAUGAAGCGCCAAGAAGAACGGGGUAUCCAGAAGUUCCACUCUUUUAUUCUUACUUCAACUUUCCAAAAGGAUUUAUCAAAGAUGAGGCACCGGGUCUCGAUGGUGAAGGGGGAUGCAGAAGAGAUUGCGGACCACUGGUACUUUGAUCUGUUGUCCAAACUCCCUGAGGAUCUGAAGAACUUCCGGCCUGCAAAAAAGAUCCUGGCAAAACUGCAGAAGUUUGGAGAGAACCUAGACCUGAGGAUCCGGCCGCAUGUCCUCCUGAAGGUGCUCCAGGACCUGCGGAUCUGGGAGCUGUGCUCCCCAGACAUUGCGGUGGCCAUUGAGUUCGUGAGAGAACACAUCAUCCAUAUGCCGCAAGAGGAUUACAUCAACUGGCUACAGACCCGGGUCAACAUGCCCAUCCGGCAGUACAUCACCCCGGUAUGUACCUGAGUCCAGCCUGUGCUAUCACAUGGACACACAUCGUAGAGCAGUGAGGUCACCUGAAGACACUUCUAAAAAUGCGUUAGUCUGAGAUGAUGGUUCCAUGUGUCUCCCCCUCCUCCUCCCCCACCAGGUUCCCUGUCUCUGCUCACUGUUCAACCCUGACUCUGCCAACUCUUCCAGGCUCCCUCACCAUGCCCCUUUCCUAAAAAUCCUAUAUAAUAAAAUUGAGUUGGAUGCUUAACAACU